GCAAGACGCACGAAACAAACAACAAGCGCAACGUAAAAUUCGUAAAAUUAAAUAGAAAAUUAAAUCCUUGUUUGUUUUUCGAUAAUUUGAAGAUUUAUAUUUAGUGGUAUGCGUCGUAGUUGUGCGGUAUUUUCCUGUGCAAAUAGGGACUCCAACAAAAAUGACAACGUAUCCAUGUACAGAUUUCCUGCCGAUCCUGCCUUGUGCGAAAAAUGGGUUGAAUUUUGCAGAUCAGACCAGAUCAACGAAAUGCUGGUCCUGCAGGGCGUUGCUAAACUGCGAAGUUCCUCGUUCUGUGUCUGUUCGGAUCACUUUGCGAAGCCGUGUUUCGUAAGUCCCAGGAACAAUGCACAGGGCAUUUACAAAGGAAGUGUCCCAACCAUCAUCGCCGGGCAUCCGAUGUUGGUGUCAAGCUUCAAAAAGGCCAAUCAGAUACCGGAGUACAGUGAUCUUGUCCCCGAAGAGUCCGAACAGUGUGAAGAAGAUCACAUGACCGUAGAAGUGCUCCAGGAAGAACUAGAUGAAGCUGUAGAACCACCCGAUGCUGAGCCAGCAAACGUGCAACCAACUCAACCACCUGCUUGUGAUGCCAAUCAAUCAAGUUUGUCCACUGCGCCAGUCAGCGGGAUCAUCCACCCGAGUGUAUUUGACUGCCAGUGCGAAGUGAAAAGCGAAUUUGAACCCAAAUUCUACGCAGAGCGAUCACAGGCCGUAGGUUUAGUGGAGGAAUUGGAUGACACCAAAAAGAAGAUAGUGCAACUUAGGAAACCGUACCGACAGAAGCAAAGAGCACUCCAUAUAGUAAACGACAGUAUCAAAAGGGCGAAAGAUAAAUUUCGAAGGCUAGCGAAGGAACACCACAUAACGGUGGAUUUGGUCUCAAGUGAUGAAGAAGAACAAAAUUUUGUGUUUUAACGUGUUAUUACUUGGUAUGUUUAAGUUGCUAUUAAAAUAACCAUCACUUAGUCGAGAUUGUUAUUUAUUUAAUGAGUAAUCCCAAUAACGGGUGCUUGUGUUAGCUUCGAGUUAUAUUUAGUCAAUUCUCUUACUGGGUAGCAUUUUAUUCAACGAUUUAGCGUGACUUCA